AUGCUGAAGCUGCUGUGUAAAAAUGAGUCUGACGAAGAACAAUCUACCAUUAACUCUAAUUGGAAUAAUUUGGAAAAUGUUAUAGUGAAUAUUUCGCAACCCUGUGAGGAUAUGAUGGUGGCUUGUCGUUUUGCAGCCAAUGAAUACGACUGUUCUAAAUACUUCAUACCAAUUAUAACCGAUGAGGGUUUGUGCUGUGUUUUCAAUAUGCUGCAUCCGAAAUUUAUGUUUAUAUCACACAUACCACUUAGCAUGGGCAACAUACCGGAACGUGACUAUGAGCCUAUUGAUUGGUAUGCUGAGCGGGGUUAUCCCUCUGAUUUACCAAAUAAAUAUUAUCCACGCCGUAUAGCAGGUACUGGGGAGUCAUUGGGCCUCUCCAUCACGCUCGACGUGGAGGCUGACAAGUACUACUGCUCGUCGACAAAUAGUGUGGGCUUCAAACUUUCUUUGCACAGUCCGAACGAGUCGCCCAACGUGCACGAGACUGGAGUGUUGAUUGCGCCUGGCAAGGAGACUAAGGUUCGUGUACGCCCUGACAAGACUGAAACGACACAAAAGCUACGCUCAGUGGAUACCAAAUACAGACGUUGUCUGUUUCAUGAUGAACGAAAGCUACUUUACUUUGCACAUUACACCCAGCGCAAUUGUGAAAUGGAAUGCAUUGCUAAAAUGCUUUUACAACACUGUGGUUGCAUAAGCUUCUAUAUGCCGAAGAUCUACAAGAACUCGACGAUCUGCAACAUACGCUCCUUACACUGUGUGGAAAUGGUGCGUUUGCGUAAAGAUCCAACGAUCGGUUCGUGUUUGGACGCUUGUUGGCCGAGUUGUUACGAUUUGACUUUCCUUGUAGAUGUUUUUGCUAUACCGUUAUGGAGUGAUGAAUUCUUUAUUGAAAAUAAGCGAGUGCAGCGGUACAACAAGACCUAUGCGCGAAAGAAUAUUGCGGUAGUUAAUAUGUACUUUAAGGAGUACUCCUUUCGCAGCAGCAUACAGACGGAAUUCAUAGGCACCACCGAUUUCUUGUCUGCAGUUGGUGGACUUAUGGGUUUGUUUUUGGGGUUUAGCUUCAUAUCAAUUGUCGAGUUGGUGUACUAUGCCAUCAUACACCCCAUACGUACUUUAUUGCAGUUUGAGUGCUCAAAGAAGCAGGCUCUGUCGGAAAAGCUGAUCCGAUGCGACAAGACUACGGUGUGUCGUCAGUGGUCUUCAGUUCAACGUUACAAACGCUUACGAAAAUACUUACGCUUACGUGCAACUUAUGGCAAAGCUAAUAAGCCAACCAAGCAAAGGACUGAUUACAAACGCUUAAACAAUAAUGCUGUUAAAUGUAUAACGGAAACUUUGAAAAAAGAACAGGACAUAAGGACCUAG